UCCACCUCCUCCUCUUCAUGUGCGACAUACAAUCAUCAUCUACGCGUGUAACACAUUCACACAAGAAAAAACUCUCUGCAACUGCAUGCAUACUCUGACCUCAAAAUCUCAACCAAAAUUAAUCUCCGACGUAACGGAUCUCAACGCGAUUUACUUCUAAACCAAUUUGUUGUUGCAACCAAAAUAAAUAAAUGAGGCAGAUAUGACAGUGAACAUACAGGGCACGACCCAUGAAAUUUUUCAAGUUCAUUUCUUGCUGUUCCAUACUGUUACAUUGAAUCACAAUAUCACCAGUCCCAAACCCUAACAAAAAAGCAAAGUCGACAUGGUUUUGAAUAUUAAAUUUUCCACCUAUAUUUUCCUUCCCCCAUAUUAAUUAAUUUCACCAUCAUUAAUAAGAAUCACUCACCACCCCUUUUUUAUCUCAUUUUACCACCCAAUCUUAUUAAUUAUUGUCGUCGCAAUCCAUAACUAUCAGAUAUUACACCAAACCAAAUUUUCUCAGCUAUAUUCAUUCAUCUAACCCACCAGCCUAUAUAUAUACACACACACAAAAACCCACCGUUAUCCAUAUUCCACCGGCGAUACUUCCCAAUAUAAAAUUAUUAUAUACCCUCAGCCGCCGGCGAUACCUCCGACCAUACGCCGUUAUUCUUUCAUUCGACGAGGUUGCUUCCGGUAACUAGACAUGACAUGCUUCUGCUUUUAGUUGUUUUUUUUUUUUUUUGCCGUAUUUUAAUUUCGGUUUUUUAGGUGGGAUGGGGCGGCGUAGAAAUCGAGGUGCCAGCUGUCAGCAGCUAGAUUUGAGGCUGAACCUGUCUCCGCCGCCCAACGAUGACGGCGGGGAGGGGUCGCCGCCGCCGCCGGCUUCAGGGUGCUCAUCUUGGGAGAGCUCGUGCGUGUCGUCCACGACGGAGGAGGAAUUGGGGGUGACGGCGCCGGCAGCGCCGGCGGCGGCGCCGAUGAUGCUGGUGGGGUGUCCCCGGUGCCUUAUGUACGUGAUGUUGUCGGAGGUGGAACCCAAGUGCCCCAAAUGCAAGGGCUCCGUCUUGCUUCAUGAUUUCCUCAACCGUCGCCGCCAGGAACAACGGCCCGCCGCCGCCGGAAUCCGCAACUGAGCCGCUCUCUCUCCCUUUCUCUCCAAACCCGCCGCCGGCCGUUCUUUCGUUUCCAUACUUUACCCUUUUUGUUGUGUAAUAUCUCUUUCUGUCUUCUCAAUUCCUCAAUAUAGUGUGUGGGCAACUAUUCGGUCGGAAUGAAUGGGAUUUAAUUUCGUAGAGUCUCUUAAAAAAGUAAACCAAAAAGAACGAAUCAAAAAUGAAAUCAGAAUGAAUAGGAGUAUAUAUU